AUGGGUUUUUUCCCACAUUCGAAAUGCAAGAAGAAGAAAAAAACGACGCAUAUAUUGUAUUUUCAAGAUUACCGAUUUCAAGUAAUGUCCACCGUCAAACUUUCAAAAGAGAAGAAGCAAAGUGGAUCAAAUAGGGGAUUCGAUCCUCGAGGACAACAACAACAACCUCCUCAUCUCAUACGACCCAAAACAAGUAUGGAUGAUGUUCGUGGGCCACUACAAGAAUACAGAGGAUCAAGAUAUUCCCCACCACCAGAAAGAAGGUUCGAAAUGAAUUUUCCACCACGAGAAAGACAAAAUCAAUAUUCAAAUGAUUAUGCUCCUCAAAGAGAAUACGCUCCGCCACGAGAAAGACAGAAUCAAUAUUCAAAUGAUUAUGCUCCUCAAAGAGAAUACGCUCCGCUACCAGCCAGACAACUCUAUCGUUCUCCUUCAUAUGAUCUUAACGACGGUAUGAACAAUAUAAAAAUCAAUCCAGUACGAAAAGAAAGGCCGCAGUAUAAUCCAGCCGCAAAUAGACGUUAUUAUUCAUCUGAAGGGGCAGUUGCAAGUGCCAGUCCACCGAUCAAUAUUUCAUUUAUGGUCAUGAAAGGACAAGCAAUUCAAGUACAAAUCAGGAGCAGUCCAAGCUUAGCAGAAUUUCGAAAAGUCGUUGAGGAGAAAAUCAGUACUGACGUCGAUGAUUACCGAUUUAUAAUUGAAAGCAAGCAACUUGAUUUGGUCGAUUCCUCUCGUUUCAAUAUGCAAAAAAGCUUGAUCCAAAAUGGCGUCACCAUCUUUGUUCUACAACGAAUGAAAGGUGGAUCGAGAAGUCAAAACACACAGUCGUACAUGGAAGUCGCCAAAAUCAUAGAUGAAAUCAAACAAUAUCUGCCACAGGAAUUAGAAAGAUCGAUGCAUAAAAAUGCGAUAUGCGUCGCUUGUCAAGAAACGAAAAAAUGUGCACAGUUAUGUUGUUGGCCGAUAUGUGCUGAAUGCUUCAUCACCUACUACAAAAGCACGAAUUUUAAUUUGAAAUGCACUGAUUGUCAUAAAUUAGUCCAACCAAGGCAAUUCUUCAAAUCCGAAUCGUUCUUAAGACUGAUCGACUGUCUUCAUCAAUCCCGAAAAAUGCUGGAGUAUAUAAAUUUUCAAAUUUGCCGUUGUGGUUCCCUGAUGUCGAAUGACACGAUGUAUUCCAAGCAGCAAUGCAACGCGUGUGGUAGAAACAUAUGCUUCUUCUGUAACAAAGAUUGGGAUUCAAAUACGAUGGACAAUGUGAAAUAUACAUGCCAUAAUAAUUGUGAUUACGAGACAAAGAUUACCUUCGAAUUACUUCCAUGCCUUGAAUUUGAUCCCAAUUUGAUGAUACCGAGUCGCCGCACGUGUCCAAAAUGUUUCUAUACAGGUGCAUUCGGCGGUCGGUGUAAAUAUCACAAUUGUUAUUCCUGUGGAUAUACAUUCUGUUUUAUUUGCCUGGAAUCAAAAGAUGAAUGCCAACAGAAAUUCAACAAGACGCGCAAUCAAGAAUUUCACAAGGUACAAUGUCGUGACAUAAAAGAACAGACCUACGAUAUGUUUCCACGAAUAGCUUAA